CAUCAUGCAAACUCACAACAGGUUGGUAAUGAAUAUAAAUAGACUAGUUUGCAUUGAGUUGUUAAACACACACACUCACGUUUGAAUUGUACUUUACAUGUAAAUUUUAUUUAAACACAAUUUUGGCUAUUUUGAGAAGUUUGUUGACAGAUAAAAACAGAAGCUAAAAUGUUUAUGAAUACAAACUUUAAACUUUUCUGGUUAAACUUUUUUUAAAUUUUCAUGAACAUUAUUUUAAAAUACUUGAAAAUUGCAACUAUUUUUUGAUGCAAAAUAGCAACAUUUGGUAGGUUGGAAUGUCUUUAGAAUCAUUAACAUUUGCACAAAACGCUAAUUUAUGCAGCUCAGGGAAACACUAAAAUAGAAUGUUUCCAUUUUCACCUUCAAAUUUAAUACUUUUUCGUCAGAGAGAAAAAGCAAACACGCCAGCAUGGAUCUGUGCAUGACAGGGCUCUUAACAUUGUGUGCAUGUUGCAGGCAAAUACCCGGGCCAUGUUUGCCUUCAGGAGCUCAUAAAUCACUCCGUGGCAUGAAUGAGACGGACAUUAAGGAGACCAAUUGUGGCGUAAUGUGCACAAAUAAAACCCCACUUACAUUUUCAUACGGGACUCCCCAAUUCCUGGGCUAAAAAGGGGGCUGAGUCUCCACCGCCAUCUCUGCAUGCGUUUGGUAAUAAUUCAUUUUUAUAGCUUGUUUAAACACGGCUCUGGCUCGGCGACAGCAGCAGCAGCAGCAGCAGCAGCAGCAGCGGUAGCAGCCUGCUCAGGUUGUGAGUGUGCACUCUUUCCCUCGUGUGCUCAGAGUAGCCCAAACUCAAAACAGACUGCUUGUGGACUAGAUUUGAUUUAUCAGACAUAUAAUUACUAAGAAUAGCUUGCAGAGAUCAUCACGGUGGCUUCGUUCAUCAAGAGAGUAAGUGUUUGCAGGGGGGAUUUUAUAUUAUUACUGGAGUAGCAGUUGUGGUUGCACUUUAAAGUCUUUACUUCUGUAGAAGGAUUGUGAAUAAUUCUGCUUUGUUUUAUUGCACUUGAUUCGACUUAUUGGAAUCAGUUAUUACCUUGGUGCGCGGUUUAACUCAAUAUGUUUGCCCGGUUUAACAGAUUUGUGUGUGAAAAUGGCACAAAACAACCACCGGUUGCGACGCCAACCUGCACGGAUCGAUUCACAAACUCAUCUACACGUGGCGAAAUUCAUAGGCUCGAACGUUUAUCGAAUAAUCUGGAAGCCAUAAGCAGCUCAUCGACUGGCUGGACACUACUGGGCAAAGUGGUGUGCAUGUGUGUGCGAAUAAAGGAGGAGGGGGUGGGUGAGGGGUAAAAGUGGGGGCAGAUCUUGUUCUCCUGCACUCUGACUAACCACAGGGCGAGUAUAACCGAAUCAUUCCGAGACAGCGCGCCUUUUCUGCACACAUGUGUUGCACACAAAGAGCCAAGAGAGCUCCAGAGGCCUGGCGAAGUUUCCACAAGGCAGGCAGGGCAGGAUCCACUGCGCCCACUCACCGCUAAUGCAGAGGCAGCUGGGUAGACAGAGAGAAGGGAGAGGGGGUGGUGGAGGUGGGGGUAUUGACCCCACUGCGCUUUUUUCAUUCCCCCCCACUGCUGACAAGUUUGCAUCACCUCUUGAGCUUGGAGUUAUGAAAACUUGAAAUAUCAAACUAUUUUGAACAUAGGCUAUUCAUUUUUAACCUUUAGCACAUCUAAAUGUACUUAAAACUAGUGGUGGUUGAGAUAAAAUUAACAGGAAAAUCUCCAAAAAUCACAUUACUUUGAAAAAUGUUACUAAAGUAGAAGUGCAGAAGCAUUAACUACAGAGUAUAUUACAAUAAAGUAAAAGUACUCAUUUGGAAGGAGAAUGUCUCUGUAAAUGUAAUAUUGCCCCAUCACAUAUUAUAUUAUCAGAUUAUUAUUGAAGUUAUCAUUACAAGUAACAUCUCAGCAGAAUGUAUACACUGUUAGGCUGUUGAACAAGAAGUAAUACUGUACAAUAUUUCUCUGGCAUACUGAUACUGGAGUAAAAGUAUGAAGCAAUAUGAAAUGGAAAUACUCCAUAAAGUGUCUAAAGUGUUUCAAAGCUGUUCCCAAAGUGAUCCUGCUUUGGUUAACUACAACACAUUUGUGCGUAAAAAGGUUCUUUUACAUCCAAAGCACCAAAACAUCGUAAUAUAAGCUAUCUUUAUGCAUCCAAAAGGCACUGUAGGUGUCUGACCACACACAGCCUUUGGGGGCGCUCAUCCCUCCCCACCAUCUCCUCCUUCUCUCCCCCUCCCUUCCUCCUUCCUUCUUUCUCCCUCCCCUUUUCUUUCCCUUCCUCAGUGAGAGGUUGGGCAUCUGCUCUCGCUGCCGCAAGUCUCCCACGCACACUUUCCCCUCGGCUCUCCCUUUUCCGUGGCCAUUAAUUUCUCCAACAGCUUUAUUUGAUGAACUUAACAGGAUAAUCAGCCCACACUCGCACCGCGGGCUACGCAAGGCGCAUUAGCUGCACGACGCAUUAUCAGAUCAUUUGAUCACUAUACAUGCAUAAUGAAUACAUGUGGGAGUGGAAAUCGGGGCAGAUAGCAAACCCUGUGACCGACGAGAGAAAAGAAAAAUUAAUACCACAUCAUCUUAAUGCCUAAUGUGUUGUCUUGUCGUUUCAUCACCUGUGACCCCCUGCGAGCAAAGAAACGCAGCCAAACAGUUCUAAUGCAACCUUGAUGGGUCCAACUGAAGUAUUUCCUCUCUGUAUCACGAGUGAAAUCUUCUUGCCUGUCCCUCACUGUCACACUGUGACAAUAUUUGCUCUGAAAAUCCCUCUCGAGUGUUCAACCGUGAAACAUUUCGCAUCGGAAUGGGACAGUGAUAGCCCACAGAUAGCCUGUGGCAGUGGCACCCACACUCCAAGACAUCCAUCCAUCCUGCAGAGAACGACACUGCUAUACAUAUGACAUCACGGCUGUUAAUGCGUGGGCGAAUCCCGGCGCUCACAGAGAGCACACGCACGCCCGAGUGCGCGCAUACGCACCAAUACGCACACAUGCACAGACUCACACUUAUUCUCGUCUCUAUUCCAAAAAUACCGUACCUGAGGUCAGAGUGCCAGGUCGUCCUCGUGGUGAGGUUGGAGAGGGUGAGACGUUAAUCUCUCUCUUCCCGGUGGGAGAGAGCGCACAGCGGGGGUUUCACAAGACGCCUCGCCUGCAGCAGCCCUCUCUUCAUGCGACCCCGGAGCUGUCCACCGCCGUCUGCCUCCCAGCUCAUUGUUUGCUCGGCCAAUACAUUAGUGGCGACGCGCGUCACCUUGAUCGACGAGCGCUUGGAAUUUAAAUAGCCACUCAAACAGCAAUCUAUCACGGGCAGAAGGGAUAAGGACAAGUACCUCACUGGCUGACCCGGGCCCACGUGACAACACCCGCUCAUUGAUAUCGGGCAGUGCGACCCCCUCCCUCCUCUGAUAAGCCCAGAGUAUAGGUAAAGGUUGGCACGGUCACUCAGGGUAAGAGGGGGAGAAAGGACGAGAUCAGAGGGUGUCUGUGCAGCGGACGGUCCCUCGGUCCCGGUAGAACAAUGCUACAAUGAGCAGCUUCUUAGACUACACGGUGAUGAGCGGUGAAGGCGGCUCAUGCUCUGUCAGGGCUUUCCACUCGGACCACGGGAUUACAACUUUCCAGUCCUGUGCGGCCACUGUCAACAACUGCGGGGCGGAUGACCGUUUCAUGGCGAGCAGGGCUUCUCCUGACGGCAUCCCUCACCAGCCGGGGUCAUACCAGUCUACUGCGAGCUCUCUGGGUCUCUCCUAUGGGGCCCAUCCGGCCUGCAGCUCCAGCUAUGGAGCCCAAAGUUUCUGCGCUACGUAUAACCAUUACGCGCUCAACCAGGAAGUAGACUCUACAGCUGCAUUCCCCCAGUGCGGCCCACUGAUGUAUUCGGGUAAUAUUUCCUCCUCAAUGGUCUCUCAGCAUCGUCAUGGUUACAGUGCCGCCCCUCUGGGUCAACUGCAGUAUACCCACGCUGCCUAUAGCGGCGGGCACGAGCAAGCAACCCCUUAUCCCGGGUGCUCUAACCCCCUGUCACCGCUGCACGCAGCUCACCUGGAGGCUUGCUGUUCACCUCUGUCUGAAGGUGCAUCUUCUGCACAGACUUUUGACUGGAUGAAAGUUAAGAGGAAUCCACCAAAAACAGGAAGGUCUGGUGAGUAUGGUUAUGCUGGUCAGCCGAAUACAGUCCGGACCAACUUCACCACCAAGCAGUUGACUGAACUGGAGAAAGAAUUUCACUUCAACAAGUAUCUGACCCGGGCACGCCGCGUUGAGAUUGCUGCUGCGCUGCAGCUGAAUGAGACUCAGGUGAAAAUUUGGUUCCAGAACCGGAGGAUGAAGCAGAAAAAGCGAGAGAAAGAAGGGCUGCUGCCAGCCAAGGCUCCAUCCUCAGACCCAGGAGAGAGCACUCAAGAGAAAAUGGACGAUGCAGCAUCUGAGAAGUCCAUCUCAGCCCCAUCCACUCCUUCUCCCACAUCCUCCACGUUGUCUCCCACGGGGGCUGAUCCUUACUCCUCCAACUGAGGACCUACUGCCUCUUUACCUCUCUGGGCCUCGGUGGCCUGUAUAUACCAAAUUUCAUACCAAGUGUAUCAAAGCCAAAGUUUCUGUUGAUGGAUGCCAUCUGUGGACAUUUAGGAGGAGUUAAUGCACUAUAUGGGAACUUUGGACAAUAAUAUGGACCACUUCUUGGCUAAAGAUUUAUUUUAUAUUGUGUAAUGUGUUUGCAAGAACGAUAGCAAUGCUGUCCAAACAAGUGUAGGCCAUGGUUUAAAAUGUGUCCAUUUGCUUUUGAAAUUUGGCGUAAAAUGUGCAAUUCGCCACGAUAAUGUUGGUGCAGGAGAUACACAGUGCCACCCACCUGCCCCGGACCAUAAACGUGCCAGUGUCAAGCGACAAAUCUGCACACACAAAUACCUCAAAUAUGCCAAAGUUGUAAAUCCUGGCCACAGCUGGUUGCACUGGAUGCGUCAAUUAGGCAUCACACAAUCAACGAGAUGACCUCGUUUAUUAAUCGUUAUUGAGUGCAUUGUUAUAGUAGCUUCUUAAUCACUGUCACUUCUGUGUUUCAGGUCUCUGUUUGUCGACUGAACGUCUAUUCUGUGAGAUUUGCAUGAUGCGUAAUGCUUUCAUGUGUUUUAGUGGGGCGCUGAGUUUUAUCAGUUGCAGGACCGGUCUUUCGUGGCUGUGUAUGUUCCAGGCUUUUAUCUGCUUGCUAUUUAAUCCAGUGGAGCACAUACAAACUGUUUUGUCCAGAGAAACGUUUACGGGUCAGUCAAGUCUAUUAAAAUGCGUUUACCUCUAAAGCUUUUCCUCUGUGUCAUUUCUGAGGGGAGAGACAGCGUUAGACAGACUCGAACGCUGAUUCUAAAGCAAAUAUCUGCUCUAAAUCUCCUUUGUUUGGGCUCUGCAGAGAGAACAACAAACCUCUGUUCGUUUCCCAACAUCUGAGACGCUCCAAGUGUCUGUUUUACUCACCCCAGAGUCUCUAAAUGUAUGCGGCCGUGCGCGCUCCCGUCCCUGGGGUAAAGAGUUAUUGGCAUAAUAAAGGCAUGUUUAUCCAUGGAGAAGAUGAGAGCGCGGACGUCAGCGUCAUUUGUGAUGACAACCUUAUCGAGCUCUCGGCUUAUUGAAGGGACAAAAAAGAAAGUCUAUUGAUUAAAACAUCGAGGUUAUGCUAUCGACAGGGAUGGAGCCCCUCCGGUCCUGUCAGCGUCAACUCCUCAGCUCCCCAAGUUACAUGGAAGUGUCAUCAUCCCCACCUGACGACAAGAUGAAGUGUGAAAACUUGCAGCACUGAAUGUCACAGUCAGCAAUUGUAUGUGCACAACGUUGCUUUAAUUCUAAGAGUAUUUCGACCUGUAUUUGAGCAUAGUUAUAAAUACAGUCUUUAAGGAUAAUGAUGUAUAAACUGUUAUCUAUGACAAUGUCUUUAAAAUGAACUUUGAGUGGCUAAACUAGGCCCUAAACUGGAACUUUGUUGAGUUUUGUUUCAGCAACUCUAUUCAAGGUAACCUAUCCCCAUUUCAUACUAAAGGAGAGUUUCCUGAUUCUUUAGUUGUUUUAAUUCCUGGUGUGCAGGAUGCGAGUCCAUCCCACCAUAAAAGGGCAAAGAAACGCCGGAAGCACCAUGAUUAAUGAGCGACAAUCACCUUUUGCCGUGAAUCCACCUGCAGGAGCUGCUGUAUUUGAGCUGCGGAGCCCCGCUGAGGCUGCAAGCCGAGGCUGCUCAGCCCAAUUCAGCAACAACAAAACACGGAAAAGGAGACAGUGUCACUGAACACUGAAACAUGAUUUGUGAAGCACAAAAAAAAGGAAGCAAAGUUGGCAAAAAGACCCACAGGCCACCACCUACCAGCAAACAGCCAAAAUGAAUUCCUCCAUCGACAGAUGUGCGUCUCCAUGUGCCGAUAAAGGGACAGAGCCGAUGGAGGGAUUGACAGUAUGAUGGAGGAAGAGAAGGAGGGGAAGAAGAGGAGAGAUGACAUCAUGUGGUGGAAGCUGAAUUAGUGAGGAUGACUCCUGCUCCUGUCAUCUCUAAGCUCCUCACACAUCUUUACCUGCACAUGAGGAAAAUCACUCCUGUAGAAUGCAAAUGUUCAGAGGGAGAUGAUGCCACAUCUGGUCCAGCUGAUGGAAGGUCUUGAAGUUCUCUGACUGGCCUCGACUGAAGAUGGUCGUCUCACUGGAUUUAAGAUGCACAAUGAGGGACGUCUGCAGAGACUGAGAAAGAGUCUCACCACAUCCUUACAUGAGGAAAAAGACUUUAUUGAAGACUACAAUGAGAAAAACUAUCAGACAGCAGACGGCUGCAUUCAAGUUUAGGCUUUUCGAUUGUUCCAGACAAGACAAGUAAAAGAUUCUUCAGAGCCUUUCUACCACGAGCCUGACAGGAAGAACUCCAACAGCUACUGAAUGUUCCUGUGGUUCCCUCAAGGCUACAGGAGGAGUCCUACGAGGACGAGCCGGUCCACCUGAUGGUGGCCAGUCGCUGCGGUUCAAAGCCAACACCAACUACAUGGACUUCUACUGGACCACACGGAGGCCUUCAAACCAGACCAACAAGUUCAGCGACUCCCCGACUCGUGGGUCUGAGGACGCCGCCGAGCCUCGGCCCAGCCGGCCUCCUGUCUGUGGGUGUUUGAGUGCUGAGAGGUUUGAGGAUGCAUGUGAACGUUCUGUGUUGAAACAGCAGCUUUUGACUCAGUAACGCCGGGAAAAACCAAGAGCUCCUUUAUUUGUCACUUCCACUAAAAAAACUGAACAAAAUAAGUUUGCCAGGUUUCUGACUGAUAACAGAUUAUUAAAUAAUGAAAAUAAUCAUUUAAAUAUUCCUUUAAACAAUCCUUUUAGGUCUACAUUUCCUUUACACUGACUUCUUGGUAUAUGUACAAGUAUUUUGGGUGGAAUAUACCAUUAAGCCUAAUAUUCAAGGGUUCUUCUGGGAAUAUACCAUUAAACCAACCUUUUACGUAAAUGUUCCAGGAUGUUGGGUAGAAUAUACCAUCAGAUAAACCUUUUAGGUCUACACUGGAAGAUUUUAGAGUAGAAUAUUACUCCAAACCAUCCUUUAGGUCUACAUUUAAGGUGGAAUACUCCUUUACACCAAGAUUGUUUGGUCUACAUUGAAAGAUUUUAGGUGAAAUAUUCCUUUGAACGAACUUUUUAAGUUUAUGUUCAAGGAUGUUGGGUGGAAUAUACCAUCAGACCAACCUUCAAGGUCUACAGUAGUGAAUUUUAGGUGGAAUAUACCAUUAAACUCACCUUUUAGGUCUACAUUGGAGGAUUUUAGGUGGAAUUUUCUUUCAAACCAUCUUUUAGUCUACAUUUAAGGAUGUUUAGGAUGGCAUAUUCUUCCAGACCAACUUCUCAGGUCUACAUUUCAGGUGGAAUAUUCCUCCAUACUAACUUUUUUGGUCUACAUUGAAGAAUUUUUUCUAAACCACCCUUUCGGGUCUAUAUUUGAGGUUUUAGGUGGAAUAUUCCUUUUAACCAGCCCUUCAGGUCUCUUUGAGGAUUUUGAAUGGAAUACUCGGUUAAACCAACAUUUUAGGUGCAUGUCUAAGGAUUUUUGGUGGAAUGUUCCUUUAAGGUGGAUGUUUGAGGACCUUGUAGGUGGGAUACUUCCUGAAACCAACCUUUUAGGUCAACAUUCAAAGAUUUAAGGUAGAAUAUUCCUUUAAACCAACCUAAAUUUCAUGUUUUGAUUGUUAUCAAGUGAGAAACCUCAAUCCAGACUUCUCAUAAUGAUGUUUGAGAUUUCAUGCUGCUGUUAUUUGUUUAGUCCAGACUAAAUGACAGAAAUCCACAGCUGUAAUUUUAUUUCAGGACUCGGUUAUUAAAUGUCAAAACAAUCCAUGUUACUCUAAAAACUCAAAAGCUGUACACACUCUAAGAUUAAACUCUCCACAAGGAUCCAAACUAA